UCUGCAGUCCUCAUGCCUCCUUGCAGCAUGCCUAAGACUGUGAGCAUCAACAAGGCCAUCAACACGCAGGAGGUCGCCGUCAAAGAGAAGCAUGCCAGGACCUGUAUCCUGGGGACCCACCAUGAGAAGGGCGCCCACACCUUCUGGGCGGCUGUCAAUCGGCUGCCGCUCUCCAGCAAUGCGGUGCUCUGCUGGAAGUUUUGCCACGUUUUCCACAAGCUGCUGCGAGACGGCCAUCCCAACGUGAUAAAGGACUCGAUGAGGAACAAGGCGGACCUCAGUGACAUGAGCAGAAUGUGGGGUCACCUGAGUGAAGGCUAUGGGAAGUUGUGCAGCAUCUACCUCAAACUGCUUAUCACCAAGAUGGAGUUCCACGUCAAAAAUCCCCGUUUCCCCGGAAACCUUCAGAUGUCAAACAGGCAGCUUGACGAGGCGGGAGAAAACGACGUCAACAACUUCUUCCAGUUGACAGUGGAGAUGUUGGACUACCUGGAGUGUGAGCUCAACCUCUUCCUGGGUGUGUUCAGCUCCUUGGACAUGUCGCGGUCUGUGUCGGUGACGGCGGCAGGCCAGUGUCGCCUGGCUCCACUGAUCCAGGUCAUCCUGGACAGCAGCCACCUGUACGACUACACCGUCAAGCUGCUCUUCAAGCUGCACUCUUGCCUUCCUGCUGACACACUCCAGGGCCACAGAGACCGCUUCCAGGAGCAGUUCAAGAAGCUGAAGAGUCUGUUCUACCGCUCCAGUAACCUGCAGUACUUCAAGAGGCUCAUUCAGAUCCCACAGUUACCUGAGAACCCACCUAACUUCCUGCGGGCGUCGGCGUUGUCGGAGCACAUCAGUCCCGUGGUAGUUAUUCCAGCUGAGUCGUCCUCCCCCGAGACGGAACACAUGGUGGACCUGGUGGAUACUGACGUCCCCGUCCAGCCGGCUGCUGUGGUAGAACCCAGGUUCGACGACCUCUUUGGCACGUCCGCCGCCACGGACCCAUUCAAUUUCAACAGUCAGAACGGAAUGCGCAAGGACGACAAGGACCGCCUGAUCGAGCAGCUGACACGGGAGAUCCAGGCCCUCAGGGAGGAACUGGAGUCCUUCAGAUUGGAGAGUGGGCGUCUGUGCCAGGCGCUGCGGGGGCGUGUCGAUGAGCUGGAGGCGGAGCUAGCAGAGCAGAGCCACCUGAGGAUGCAGGCGUUGGGAGAGGGCGAGUUCCUGCGGGCGGAGCUUGACGACCUGCGCCGGGUCAAAGAGGACACGGAGAAAGAGCAGCGAAGCCUCACCGAGAUCGAGAGGAAAGCGGUGGCCAACGAGCAGCGCUACGUCAAGCUGAAGGAGAAGUACACAGAGCUGGUGCAGAGUCACGCUGACCUGCUGAGGAAGAAUGCGGAGGUGACUCGUCAGAUGACGGUGGCGCGGGCGGCUGAGGACGAGGUGGACAGCGUGAGGAGAGAGAUGCAGGAGAAGGUCAAGGCUGCCAAGGAGGCCGCGGAGAGACGGGAGCAGGAACAGGUGGAGCAGCUGCAGGAGCUGCAGAGAGAGCUGAUCUCCAGCAGGGCGGAGCUAGACACCCUGAAAAGCACCAUGGCCUCGUCCCAACAGUCGAGUGAGGAGCUCAGUUCUCAGCUCUCGACUGUGGAAUCGGAGAAGGUGGAGCUAGCGGAAUCCUUGUCGAAGAAAGAGGAGGAGCUUGCAGGCCUGGGGGAGGAGCUUGAGCGUGUUCAGAGCAGCCUGGCCAGUGAGAGGGAGAGCGGCGUGAAGACCGCCGAGGCCCUACAGAACCAACUCAAUGAGAAGGAGAGCAGGGAGCAGGCCCUGGAGAGCCAGCUGGUGGCAGCCCGCUGGUCCGCCCUACAGGGGGCUGUGGAGGAGGCAGAGAGGAUAGUCCAGGACACACUGGCCCAGCUUGACGACCCAGCACACAUCAGCUGCACCAGCUCUGCAGACUACCUGGCGUCCAGGUGUCAGGCCUCUCUGGACUGUAUGGCCAGACUUCACUCUGCCAGAGACAGCUACCUGGCAGACAACACAGUUGUGUCGGAGCUGGUGCGGGCAGUGACCCAUCUUGCCCACCUGGUGAGUGACACCAUUGUUCAGGGCAGUGCCACCUCUCACAUGGUGCCAGUGGAGCAAGCGGACGCGUUGUCAGACAGUGUGAAGGCGUGUGGGGCCGAGGCCCUGGCCCUGCUGGGUCAGAUGAAGGUGCAGGAAAGCCUGGCAACGGCAGAUAGCGCCAUGCUGAGGGCAGCACUGGAUGGCAUCCUGGCCACCGCAGAGAAACUGCGUCCUCGGGGUCUGGAGCUGCAGCAGGGGGAGCUGGGAGAUCUGGUGGAGCAGGAAAUGGCCGCCACAUCGGCCGCCGUGGAGUCAGCAGCUGCCAGGAUAGAGGACAUGCUCAACAAGUCGCGUGCUGUCGACACAGGGGUGAAGAUGGAGGUCAACGAGAGGAUCCUGGCCUCCUGUACAGACCUGAUGCAGGCCAUCAAAGUGCUCGUGCUGUCUUCCAAAGAUCUGCAAAGGGACAUUGUGGAGAGUGGCAGAGGGGCAGCAUCCAUGAAGGAGUUCUAUGUCAAAAACUCUCGCUGGACGGAAGGCCUCAUCUCAGCCUCCAAAGCCGUGGGCUGGGGCGCCACAGUCAUGGUAGAUGCAGCAGACCUGGUGGUGCAGGGCAAGGGCAAGUACGAAGAGCUGAUGGUGUGUUCGCAUGAGAUUGCAGCCAGCACUGCACAACUGGUGGCCGCAUCCAAGGUGAAAGCAGACAAAGAUAACGCCAACCUGGGCCGCCUGAAGCUGGCAUCCAAAGGGGUCACACAGGCCACUGCCGGGGUUGUAGCCUCCACCAAGUCCGGGAAGUCCCAGAUCGAGGAGAAAGGUUUCUGUUCUAGAGCUGGAGACAAAGCUGCAGAAGGAGCGAGAGCGUCUAGGAGAGCUAAGGAAGAAGCACUACGAGCUGGCCGGGGUGGCCGAGGGCUGGGGGAAGGAGGACGAAGGUUGAGGUCUGCUCCCCACCUCUCCUCCAACCACAAGACUAACUUCUCUCUCGCUCUGCCUCUUGCCCCAUUUAUACACUCUCUUUGGUCUUUCUCUUUAUUUUUUAAUCUUUUAUGAAAGCCAAAUAAAAAAGGUGCUUUUUUAAAAUGAUCUUGUUUCCAGUGGCUUCCAAUUGGACAUUGAUGAGGAGGCAAAGUGGAGGGAUGGAUUGACUACCUGCCUGGCCCCUCCCCUUCGACUGUUGAGAAAUACCACACCAGCUGAUGGUUCCGCUGUCUUCUACCAAGUAUUUAUUUCAGUUCUCCAACGGUUCACAUUGUCCCAGUCAGAGCAGCACCAGUGUGACUGUGGAGCGACCCACCACGAGCACAAGUUCUUCACAACCAGACAUCCUAGAAUGCAUUGCACAAGGACCAAUCCCUCAUCAGAGGGAGACUUGACUGAUUGCCACAUAGACCCCACCCCUUGCCCUCCCCCUGCCUACCCAUGUCUCAUCAGUGCAACGAAAACAGGUGUGUUUUUCUCCCACUAAACGGUUGUGUUGUUAUUCUAAGUGGUAGGGGUUGUUAACUGGUACCCUGUGUUAGAGGGAGAGCUAACCCCUUCCCUCCCCCACUGCCUCACCACUUUUUUUUUCUCUUGGAUCCUCUUUUUCCACUCACUGUGAGCGUUUACAUCCCUAACCCAAACCUAAGCUGUACGCCCACCGGGAUACGGACUUAUGCCUUUUCGCCUCCUGUUUUAAAGACCAUGAUGACUGUUGUUGUUAUUAUUAGAGUUGACUGUUUAGACGCCCAGCUACCCUGUGGAUACAAAAAAAGCCCCGGACCAUUUAAUGGGGAUUAGGUUUGCUAAAGGCACAAGUGUAGCGUGUCUGAGCAGCCAGAGGACUGUUGCUGGAGUUGAAGCUAGAGAUGAAGUGGUGUGUGUGUGUGUGUGUGUGUGUGUGUGUGUGUGUGUGUGUGUGUGUGUGUGUGUGUGACGGUCUGGGGCUGCUUUGAACCCCUGGUUGUGUUCAUUAGGCACAACACGGAAGAAAAGGUAGUACCUGAACGUGUCCAAUAUGAAACGCUUCCGCUUUCUAAAUGGUAUGCUACGCCGUGUCCUAUUGAACAGGACACUGAUCAUGCUGGACCGUUGAUUGGCUGUGUGGCUCUGAGCUUCUUGGUGUCUGUAACGUGGUUGGAAAAAGGACUUCCAUAAGCUGACGUCUGAUAAUUUACUCUUCUCCCAGGCACUCCCCCCUUAUUGAUUUGAAAGGAAUGGACUUGUGUAAGGAAUCUGGUGGAGUGAGCAAGUAAUAAGCAGAAAGGUGGGGAAUUGGAACGCAGCCCUACACACCCACACUGCUGGGUUCUUAUCAGCUUCCCCAGACGACGUAGCUGUAAAGCCUAGACAGAGAAACCGACAACUUCCACCAUCAUCUGUGUACAGUAGCAAUAACACCUGGGCUGUGUUCAUUAGGCACCAAAUGGAAGAAAACGGACUGAAACAGGGAGGGUAUACCUGGACCUGUGUAAUAUGUUACAUUGUCACAAGAGGGCAGUGUUGCACAGCAGAGCUACCACAUUAGAGACUCAUCAUAAAUUCUCCUCACCUCUCUUGCCAGUGGUCGCUACUGCUCUUCAAUCUGGCUUUAUGAAAAGAUAUGGGGAUAUCGUAUGUUGUCGAGUACACCAUGAGUUAGAUUAGUAGGGUUUCAUCCAGUAUUUGUUUUCCUUUCAAAUACUUUAGCUGCGCUUGAUUGAGCUUGCCUGGCGCAAUGGAACCAAUGAAAUAGUCCCAAAUAUACUUCAAAACACGCCCAUCUGGUACUCCAGUUAGGCUCAAUGAAACGCAAUGCAAUUCAAGAAGUAUUCAAAAAAAUGUAUGAAUCCUAUUUGGACCCUGAUCUGGUUUAAUCACAGUAUACUUUCUCUGUGUGUGAUGCUCUUUGAGUUUGUCUUCCUGUGUGUCUUAAUGCCCCAUUGAGGUUUUAUUAUUCUGCUCUGCUUUUGGUUGUUUUAUAUAAAAAGUUGUGACACUGGGUAUUUAAUGAUGAUUUAACGUGUACUUCCUGGUUAUUGACCUCUCACCCUUUUGGUUUGUGUCUGUAGUCCAACCAGCUCAGCCAGCCUUUCAAACUGCCGCUCACUGUAGUCGAUGAGAAACACACAGUACUCUAAAUAACAUUUAAAUAAUGUCUUUGUAUGAUAUACUAAAAACUAUGUAUGUGCGUAUAAUUUUUUCAGUUUUUAAAAUUAAAUAUUUCAACUUUAAUAUGA